AAGAGGAAGCCACCUUCCCUUUAGAAAUAUCAUCAUCACACUGAUUUAAUUGACUACUGGCAUUCUUGGCCCUGAUCCUUUCUUACUCCCAACCAGUGUUGCCGUCCUCGAACACCCCCCAGCCAUGAGCUUCCGACGUGUCCAGCACGCCUACCGGCGCGUGCCUGGAGAAGAUGUCACUGACGAGAUGCUGGGAAAAGCUGCUCAGCUUUUCAACGAGAACUACGGGACAUGGGGUCCCCAGUCAGAUCAUUCAGGCGAAGCUGUGAAGCUAAGCCCGCGCCGACUUCGAGCACAGUACCUACCCAAAGAAGCCACUGUUAUUUACGUCAUGGUGACCGUCGAUGGGGAGCUUGCUGGUAACGCGUUCGCCUGCCUCUGGCGCAGCGGCGACGUGAACAUAUGUUGGAUUACUCAAUUGGUAGUGGGCAAGCAAUACCGACAGCGCGGGCUAGCGGUCGGCCUCCUGAGACUACUCAGGGACGACUCCAUCGACAGAUACGGUAUCAUGAGUUCCCAUCCUGCGGCUUGUCUGGCGGCGGCAAAUGCAUUCUGUUCCACGAUCGAGAGAGUGCCUAUCGAGUUCAUUCGGACAAACGCUCAAGCUAUUUUGAGUUCUUCACCGAUUCCCUACGUCAGUGACGCAAAACUCUCCGGUUCUCUAUUCGAGUCCUCGAGUACCAGUGGGCUUGUCUCGGGAGUUGAUACUCAGUUUUUCGUUGACCACACAGAACCGCUGGAAGUAUUGAACGACGUCCGGAAGAAAUGGAACUGGCCGUUGGGGGGGUUGCCGGAUGGAAACGAGUAUUUGCUUAUUCUGCCAAGGAAAUCACGCCGCUCGCGGUCUCGGUCUGGAUCGCACUGUGAUACCACAGUGUGAUCUUUAUUGGUGUGGUAUGAUGGAUGCGUUGAUUCGAAUUAUCUGGGGAUCGAUUAUUUGUUCUGUCGCUGUUGUACGACGUACAAUGCUUUUCCUAGGGUUUCCAAAGAUAU